AUGAACACUUCGCUUUCUCAUGUGCUUUACACAAGACCAAUUCACUUGAUAUGGAUUGAGACCUUUCUAUUUGUGGUCAUAAACGUGGCGGCUUUUAACGGAAAUCUCUUCGUUUGUUAUGCUGUAUACAGGAACAAGAGACUUCGCACGAUCCCAAAUAUAUUCGUGGUAGCACUGGCAGUCAGUGACAUCUUGAUGUCGACUUGUUGUGUGCCGUUUUCAGUUGCCCUACUUGCUCGCGGCCGUUGGAUCUUUGGUGAUAUUUUGUGCCAGUUCCAUGGCUUUGGUGCUCUUACGUUUGGCAUGACGUCUCUUCUCACCAUGGCAAUAAUUGCAGUUAGCAGAUAUUUCUGUGCGAAAAAACCAGAAAGAUACGUCGUUUUAUUUAAGGCAAGAAACACUUUGGCGUACGUCGGCGUCGUGUGGUGUGCCGCUUUAAUUGGAUCGGUGCCUCCGUUCUUUUUUGAAAAAGGCGGAUUUGAGUUCCAAGCAGGAAAAGCAAUGUGCCUGUACACGUUUCAAACCAACAUUGCGUUUACCGCUUUUAUUGAAUGUGUGUAUUUGGCAACACCCUUUUUGCUGAUCAUAAUCUGCUAUGUUAAAGUGUUGUACACAGUUUCGUUGACAAAACGAAUCUUUGCAGCUAGAAACAACCUCCAAAAGUUAAGAGCGAACAUAGAAGAAACCAAAGUUACUAAGACUUUAGGGGCGGUAAUAGCUGGUUUUGCGUUUUGCUGGGUUCCAGUUUGCGUCAUCGAUUACGUUGAUGCUGCGCUCAGGAUACCCACUUUGCCUCGACAGGUGUACCUUACAUACGGGUUCUUAGUUUAUUUGAGCAGCGCAAUCAACCCAUUCAUAUAUGGUGCAACUAACAGGCAUUUUAGGAGAGAGGGUAAAGUUAUUCUAGGAAAGUUACUUUUUAAGAGAGGUAAUACUGAAAAAAAAGGCAAGACCCAUAUUCGCCGCACCUAA